UACAUCAAUAGAUUUUUUUUUUUUCCACUCUAGCAAUUUCCUCACAGUGGUGGGCCUUGGCCAUGUUUAAGACUACCUGGCAUCUGAGCCCUGUGUUUGGAGACUACCUGUGUUAUCUGUCUUGGUGGAAGACAGCUUGCCUCUAAUUAUAGAGAUGUAAAUGCCAAUUUCUUGCUUUUCCAGCUUCCCUGGCUGCUGGGCAAACAUACAACAGGUUUGGCCAGUCAAACCCACUAGGAUUUUUCAACUUGCAGCUUGGGAUGUGGAGAACGAAGAGAGCAUCCUUUGUGCCUAUGGUGGAAUCUUCAUCAGGGUAGUUCUAGGCUGUGGUGUUUCUCUGGUACUGGAUAUGUAGCUUUUCUUUGGUCUAUUUGUUUCUCUCUCUCUCUUUUUCUUUUUUUUUGGCCACACAGUGGGAUUUUAUUUCUCCAACCAGAAUCAAACCCCAGCUCUCAGCAACGGGAGCAUGGAGUCCUAACCACUGGACGGCCAGGGAAUUACCUGCUGUUUGUUUGUGAGACUACCCUUCAUGCUUCUUGAAAAUUUGAAGGAUGGCCACGUUUGUCAAAUUGUAAUAGAAAACGUUGAUGAAACCGUAUUACUACGUGAAGCGAGGCAGGAAGAGGAGAACGAAAAACCUGAAUCACCUCCAGAACAGCCUCCGCCCCGGACAAAAAAGCCAAAACCACCCGAAAAGGUGGUUAUAAGCAAUGAGCUGCAAGCAAUAAAAAUCCAGGCCUGGUGGCGGGGCACCCUGGUACGCAGGACGCUACUGCAUGCGGCUCUCAGAGCAUGUGUUAUUCAAUACUGGUGGAAACAGAAGCUGGCAGAGCUGCUGGAGAAGAAACGACGGGCUAUGCUGCAGUAUUAUGCUCGGGAAAAAUGGGCAGUGGUCAGGCUACAGUCCUGGGUUCGCAUGUGGCGCGUCCGGGUUCGUUACUGCCGUUUGCUCCACGCUGUCCGCAUCAUCCAAGUCUACUGGCGCUGGCAUAAUUGCCAUACCCGUGGCAUUUUUAGGGGCAGCUAUGAACUCACAGCAAGCCAGCUAGGACUUGAGCUUGAGAUCUUUCUGGGAUCACACAUCUGUCGGAUUACGGACUGCAUCCCCUUCCCAAUAAAGAACUGAUCAGGUCGGCUCCAA